UCCCAGAGCACUGCACUGAGCCCUCCUGCCAGCACCAGCAUCCCAAAUACUCCCUGGGCCACCUCCCAUCACUAAAAGUGAAGCCCCCCUCUGCCUGGCAAGCCACCGUUUACUGAACGUUCUAUUUCGAACUCUCAGAGUUACUUCUCUUUCUCUCCAGCAAUGAGCUGUGGGACCAACGUGAGGACUGUGUGGACUCUGACAUCUGUAUCGCUGACCCUGCUGUGGGUGAUCCGCCUGACCCUGGGGCUGGACUAUGAGUAUGGAUUGGAGUACUUACUGGAGGACAGCACGGAUGACUUUGAGUACAAGGAUCCCUGCAAGGCUGCUGCCUACUGGGGUGACAUUGCUUUGGAUGAAGAUGAUCUGCAAUGGUUUCAAAUAAAUAAGUCAAACGUUUUAAGAAAAUCUAGAAGUAAUGAGACUGGACAUGCUACAGGUAAUCUUCGUGAGUUAUUAAACACUUCAAGCAUGGACUCAUCAUCAUCAAAUCUUACUCGCCAAGUUAAAAAGGGUGUCCCCCUAAAUUAUACAGUAACAGAAAACCCUACAAUGCAGUAUACCACUGUGCAUCAUCAAGAACAUAACGAAAGAAUUCGCAGGGCUGCAACAUCAAGAACUGAAAGAAUUUGGCCUGGAGGAGUCAUACCAUAUGUCAUAGGAGGAAACUUCACAGGCACUCAAAGAGCAAUUUUUAAGCAGGCGAUGAGGCAUUGGGAAAAAUAUACAUGUGUAACAUUUGUAGAAAGAACUGAUGAAGAAAGUUUCAUUAUAUUUACUUAUAGAACAUGUGGCUGCUGUUCAUAUGUAGGUCGUCGAGGAGGAGGUCCUCAGGCUAUAUCCAUAGGCAAAAAUUGUGAUAAGUUUGGCAUUGUGGUCCACGAGUUGGGUCAUGUUGUUGGAUUUUGGCAUGAACACACUCGACCAGACAGAGAUGAACAUGUGUCCAUUAUAAGAGAGAACAUACAACAAGGUCAGGAAUACAACUUUCUGAAAAUGGAGCAAGGUGAAGUUAAUUCUCUGGGAGAGACCUAUGACUUUGAAAGUAUCAUGCACUAUGCCAGGAACACAUUCUCAAGGGGUGUGUUCCUUGAUACCAUACUUCCAAGAAGAAUGGACACUUCAGUCCGCCCCACUAUUGGUCAGCGCAUACGGCUCAGCCAAGGAGACAUAGCACAAGCAAAGAAACUCUAUAAAUGUCCAGCAUGUGGAGAAACUUUGCAAGAUUCAAGUGGGAAUUUUUCUGCUCCUGGUUAUCCAAGUGGUUACCCAUCGUAUACGCAUUGUAUUUGGAGGAUAUCUGUAACCCCAGGAGAAAAGAUCAUAUUAAACUUUACUGCAAUGGAUCUGUUCAAAAGUCGGUUAUGCUGGUAUGAUUACAUAGAAAUUAGAGAUGGUUAUUGGAGAAAAGCACCAUUACUAGGCAGAUUAUGUGGGGAUAAACUUCCAGAACUGAUUAUUUCAUCUGACAGCAAACUAUGGAUUGAAUUCCGAAGUAGCAGCAAUAUUUUGGGCAAGGGAUUCUUUGCGGUUUAUGAAGCCAUAUGUGGAGGAGAAAUCAAGAGAGAUUCAGGACAAAUUCAGUCUCCCAAUUACCCAGACGAUUACCGUCCAUCUAAAGAGUGCAUUUGGAAAAUUACUGUUUCAGAAGGAUUCCUAGUGGGUCUUUCUUUCCAGGCCUUUGAGAUCGAAAGACAUGAUAAUUGUGCGUAUGACUACCUGGAAGUUCGGGAUGGCUCUUCAGAAGAAAGUACUUUGAUUGGUCAUUUUUGUGGUUAUGAAAAACCAGAAGAUAUUAAAUCUACCUCAAACAAACUGUGGAUAAAAUUUGUAUCAGAUGGGUCAAUCAACAAAGCUGGAUUUUCUGCCAACUUCUUUAAAGAGAUGGAUGAAUGUUCCAGGCCUGAUAAUGGUGGCUGUGCCCAGCGCUGUGUCAACACUUUGGGAAGUUACAAAUGUGUCUGUGAACCUGGAUUUGAGCUGACAGCAGACAAGAAACGUUGUGAAGCUGCAUGUGGUGGAUACAUUACAAAGCUGAAUGGAACGGUGACAAGUCCAGGCUGGCCAAAGGAAUACCCCACUAAUAAAAACUGUGUAUGGCAACUGGUCGCUCCAGCACAAUACAGAAUAUCUCUGCAAUUUGAAGUCUUUGAACUAGAAGGCAAUGAUGUUUGUAAGUACGAUUAUGUGGAAAUUCGCAGUGGAUCUUCUUCAGAAUCCAAACUUCAUGGAAGGUUUUGUGGCGCGGAAAAGCCUGAAGUCAUUGCCUCACAGGGCAAUAGCAUAAGACUGGAAUUCAAGUCCGAUAACACUGUAUCAAAAAGAGGAUUUAAGGUCAACUUUUUUUCAGAUAAAGACGAAUGCUCAAAAGAUAACGGUGGAUGUCAGCACGAAUGUGUGAAUACAUUUGGCAGCUAUAUGUGUCAGUGCAAGAAUGGAUUCACUCUUCAUGAAAAUUCACAUGACUGUAAAGAAGCUGGUUGUGAAAACAAAAUUCUAAGUGCAGAGGGAACCAUUUCAAGCCCAAACUGGCCGGACAAAUAUCCAAGUCGGAAAGAGUGCACUUGGGACAUUACAGCAACUGCUGGUCAUAGAGUCAAACUUGUGUUCAAUGACUUUGAAAUAGAGCACCACCAAGAAUGUGCGUAUGAUCACCUUGAGUUGUAUGACGGACCCAGCAGUAAAUUCCCUAUACUUGGUCGUUUCUGUGGUAGCAAAAACCCAGGUCCUGUGGUUGCAUCAACAAGUAAUAUGUUUCUUCGUUUCUAUUCUGAUGCAUCUGUACAAAGAAAAGGAUUCCUUGCAAAGUACAGCACAGAAUGUGGAGGACGGCUAAAGGCUGAAAUUCAAACAAAGGAUUUUUAUUCUCAUGCCCAGUUUGGAGAUAACAAUUACCCGGUGCAGUCUAAUUGUGACUGGAUCAUAGCAGCUGACGAUGGCUAUGGAGUGGAAUUGAUUUUCCAGUCUUUUGAGAUAGAAGAAGAAGCGGACUGUGGAUAUGACUAUAUGGAAAUAUAUGAUGGCUAUGAUAACACAGCUCCAAGACUGGGGAGAUAUUGUGGAUCUGGGCCUCCAGAAGAAAUUUAUUCAGCCGGGGAUUCCAUCAUGAUUCAUUUCCACACCGAUGACACCAUCAACAAAAAGGGUUUCCAUGCCCGAUAUACCAGCACCAAAUUUCAGGACGCACUUCACAUGCGGAAAUAAAUACAAUACUCGAGAUACUUAUAAACAUUUGUGUAAAAUAUCAGCCAUUUUGGAACUGGAGAAUGAACUUUAAGCUGUGCAUGUCACUGUUACUAAGGUCUCAAUGCAGACUUCAGGACGGGCAUUCAAAUAUGGAUCCACAUUUAAAACCGAAAGCCAGGGAAUGAAUAACUCAUUGUUUUAGAAAAGUGUUGCACAUCCCCCUGUCAAAAAGAAGAUUAAUAGUAUGCUUAUGCCAAUAUACCAAGGACCAAAUAUUGUCAUAUUAUCUAGUAAGUGUAGUUUACAUUCUUUUGAAAUGAAAUCGCUCAAGUGGGCAUCCCCAGUUAAGUCUACAUUCCUGUUCAUUCUGUAAUCAGCUGAAGAGACGUUUAAUGAAAGUGCAGGGUCAUCUUGUAUAUGCCCCCAAUUGCAGCUCUGAUUAUGUAUCAUUGAGCUAUACAAAGCUAUAAAAUAACUCAGUGAGGUAUACCAUUAGUAGGGAUUCUGGUGAGAGCCUCUGAGCUGUUACG